GUGUACCUGGUCGAAGGGAUGACGCUUGGAGGGAUGUAUCGCAACGCUGGGGCUCAGAACGGCCGGCCCAAAUUCCAACGGUAUAAAGAACCUCCCGCCUGCAUUUACUUUGACAAUGGCUGGAAAGUUCGCUUGGAGACAGAUGAAGGGACCGCUCACGAGCCUGCUGAUGCCAUGUCACAUUUGCCACCGACCGGUACUUGGGGACCUUUGCAGGUAUCUUGUCGAUCAUCUCCGUUCUUCGUCGUUGACGGGGCUACUGAUGAUGAGUCUGUCAUGAAUGGGCGCUAUGCCUGCAUCGGGAUUUUCAACGGACGGCCCAAGUACAAGCGACUUGGCUCUCACGCUAUCAUCUAUUUUGAUACAAAGUGGAAGAUCAAUAAGUUGGAUGAAUAUUGGUGGUACUUCUGGCAUCCAAAUACCGAAGCCCUUAUGCCUCCAGUUGGUCUCUGGGAAAGGUAUGAUUCUGAUUUUGCCACCGAACAUGGACGGCCUGCCCCCACCCUCACAGCAGGAACGCAGUUCAUGAGAGGAGACAGCCCAUUGAUUUUGCUCCACCAUGAGGAGGUAGACUGGUCUGAACACCCGACAAGGAAUGGCGCAACUUGGAUUGAGCCUGGCGAGCGACGACCUGUAGGCCGGGUCCAAGAUGCAUGGUAUUUAGAAGAAGGCUGGAGGAACCUUUGGGUUCCCUUCAGCGCAGCUGUCUUGGAGCAUACAGAAAGCGUUGACGGACAGUCUGACAGUGCAACUCCUCCUCUCCCUCCGCCACGCUCCGAGACAGCCUCACCAGAGCCACCAGAGCCAGCUCAAAGCAACGAGCCGGUGUUGGUGUACAGAGUUCAAGGCUUAGAUCAGCUGAGCGGAGUUUACGUGCAGAAUGGCAUGCGCAACUCAAGGGCGAGGUACACAGCGAGAGGGCGGGAUGCGGAGCUUUUCUUCGACAACGGAUGGAGGUUGUCUGCUGAAGGGCUCACAUGCUUGGCUGAAGGAUCAUCUUCAGGGUUCCCCCCGACGGGCCGCUGGCAGUCAGAGGGUGGAGAAACGGUGACUGUGAGUUGUCGUGCAUCCCCAUUCUUCAUCGUCAGGGGUGCUGGAAGUGACAGCAGACAUUCUCGUGUGAACGGGCGGUAUGCCUGUGUUGGCAUUUUCAUGGGCAAACCCAAGUACAAGCAGGUGGAUGGAGAUGGGAUUCUAUACUGGAGGGGCUUUUGGAAGAUGACUUACGAGGACAACACUGGUGGUUGGUUCUACUCAUAUCCUGAUAGCGACUCAUCUCUGCCGCCAACAGGCACGUGGACAACGCAUGGUUACAGUCAUGGUGCUGGUGCCUUGCCGGCUCCUGAAGUUUCCGUCGGCCGCACGGAGGACUUGCGUGUCGAUGACCGUGUCAUGUUCAUGCGAUCAGGUCCGGGGUCCUUGUCCUACAGCCCAGGCUACACGCAGGAGAUUGGCCAGAUUCGAGAGGAUGGCUUCUUCGCACCCAAACGGUUUGAGACUUUAUGGGCGCCCCUCUCGACCGUUUCGUUGGUGCACGAUCGAGAUUUGGACCUUUAUCAUGAAGACGAACCAUCGGGGGGAGCAGGCGCAGACUCACACACUCAUGUGGAAGGCUUUCUGGAAGGGGAUUCUGUUCCGGCCAGCAUUGGUGACCAGGAAGAGGCGGAAGGCUCGGAAGCAGCACAAGCAGAUGCUUUUGAAUGCGGACAUGACGAGGACUGGGCCGACGAAGUGGAACGCUUCAAGUGCCCAAUAU